AUGGCAACUCCGUCAAACAAUGAAUCUUCCCAACCGUCUUCAUCUGUUGUCGUCAAUGGAAAUACUAUUAGUGAUCCGAAAUCUUUGUUCAAGUAUCCGACCUAUGAGGAUUAUUUAGACGAGAAAAUCACGACCAAAGAUUUAUUUUACCUUGAAAAUCAAGACCUUGCCAGAGCAAUCAUUGAGAACGAAUUCAAGAGAUACAAUAUUUUGUCAAGAGAACAGUUCGAGGAGCAAAAAAAAAAGUACAUGCUGAGCUUGACUGUAAAAACACCUUCACUGAGCAACUCUGGAAUGGGUAAUGAGACGAACAAGACUGACCGAUUGUGUUCUUUUGGAAAGGAUUUAAGGAAUUAUCCUCUUUUGAAUGAGUUGGCCAAAAGAGAAGCCAAAGUUAGGAGUGGAAGAUUGAACACCAUUAUUUUCAUACGAGAUUACGAUAAGAAAGGAAAUGAAGUGAGUGGAUAUAUUGAUUAUGGCCAUCGAUUAAAAUCAGAAGAUUUUGAGGAGUAUUUCAGUUUAAAAAAGAGACUCAUGCCUAAAACGUCUGAUCUCAGUUAUUACAAUUGGAAAACACAAACCGUUUCAUAUAACAAUAGCUCAACAUUUCAGGUUAUUGCAAACAGCGAGAAUGGUCUCUUCUUUAGGCACAGACGAGACAGAAAGGUCAUUAGUGUGGAUCCAAAAAGUAAUUCUGAUGCCACCUUAAAUGGUGACAACUCAAUUCUUCAAGAUUCAAGUGUUGGAGACAAUAGUGAGAGAAGAGUGAUCAAGACCGACGAAUAUUUACAGGUGGUUCUUUAUGAACAUCGACCUAGACGAAAAAAUUAA